UAAAACACAAUUCAAACUCCCAUUUGGGGCUCUAGUGUUGUGAGUCUUCACCCUUUUUUUUACCAAUUCCCUCCACUCCUAAAAUCUCUCUAGGAGGGAAGAGGGGGGCAAGGCAAUGGAGAUGGACACACAACCACAUAAGAAACACCAUUUUGGAACUUCCUACAUGCGCUUCCUAGUACAGCAUUGUUGUCUUGUCAUCACCCUCUUAAUCUCCACCUUCUUCACCACUACCACAGCUUUUGAUUACGCUGAUGCCCUUUCAAAGAGUCUUCUCUACUUCGAAGCACAACGCUCUGGGAGGAUACCUUACAAUCAGCGUGUCACUUGGAGAGACCAUUCUGGCCUCACAGAUGGCUUGGAAGAAGGGGUGGACUUGGUAGGAGGGUAUUACGAUGCUGGGGAUCAUGUCAAAUUUGGUUUACCAAUGGCAUUCACCAUCACAAUGCUCUCAUGGAGUGCCAUAGAGUACAGGCAACAGAUUGAAGAGGCAGGUGAAUUACAACACACAUUGGAAGCCAUCAAAUGGGGCACUGAUUAUUUCAUCAAAGCUCACACAAGCCCAAAUGUCCUAUGGGCUGAGGUGGGUGAUGGUGACACUGACCAUUAUUGUUGGCAACGGCCAGAGGACAUGACAACUUCACGGCGGGCGUUUAAGAUCGAUGAGAACAAUCCCGGUUCAGAUCUGGCCGGAGAGACGGCAGCAGCCAUGGCAGCUGCAUCCAUUGUGUUCAGAAAAACAAACGCACAUUACUCUCACUUGCUUCUGCACCAUGCCCUGCAGUUGUUCGAGUUUGGGGACAAGUAUAGGGGAAAUUAUGAUGCUAGUGUCGGAGUGGUAAAGAGCUACUAUGCGUCGGUGAGUGGAUACAUGGAUGAGUUGUUGUGGGCUGCCACGUGGCUUUACAAAGCCACCGACAACAAAAUGUAUUUUGAGUACGUUCUUUCCAACGCUCACUCCUUUGGUGGCACUGGUUGGUCCAUUUCAGAAUUCAGCUGGGAUGUUAAGUAUGCUGGUCUUCAACUCAUGCUCUCAAAGCUCAUGAGAGAAGAAAAAGAGAAGAAGCAUAUGGCUAUACUUGAAGAAUACAGAUCAAAAGCAGAGUACUACAUAUGCUCAUGUCUGAACAAAAACAACGACAGCAAGGAUAACGUGGAACGAACCCCUGGUGGAUUGCUCUAUAUCCGAGAGUGGAACAACAUGCAAUAUGUUUCGACAGCAGCGUUUCUGCUUUCAACAUACUCUGAUUUCCUCGAGAACACAAAUGAAAAGCUGAACUGCGAAACAGGCACAGUGGAUCAUGAAGAAAUUCACAGUUUUGCUAAAUCACAGGUUGAUUACAUUCUGGGGUCUAAUCCCGUGAACAUGAGCUAUUUAGUAGGGUAUGGCCCUAAGUACCCUAAAAGGGUGCACCACAGAGGGGCAUCCAUUGUGUCAUACAAAAGGAAUAAAGGGUUCAUAGGGUGUACCCAAGGGUAUGAUAACUGGUAUAGUAGCCAAGAACCUAACCCUAAUGUUCUUGUUGGGGCUUUGGUUGGAGGGCCUGAUGGGAAAGACAAUUUUGAGGAUCGAAGGAACAAUUUCAUGCAGACUGAAGCAUGCACAUAUAAUACUGCUCCCUUAGUUGGUGUUUUUGCAAAGUUCUUGCAUAUAGAAAACCACAAAACAGUUCAUGACUGUAACUCACUUUUGGUUGCUUCCUUCAAAUAAUAUAUACUAAAUUAUUUAUACAGUAUAUGUUAUCAUAAAUAAAGUCAAAACCCAAUAACUUUUCAAUUCUUUCGUUUUUUUCCCCUCAUUGGUGAGUGAUUUAUAUAGUUUGGUGGAGAUUUUCUGGCCUCAAAUGUACUUACAGUAUAGAUAUAAAAAACUCUAUCUUUCGUUUCUUAUCA